UGGGACUGCAAUACUCCACCAAGAUGAACGCUAGAGUCAGAAAGCACGAAGAUGUUUUGGAAGACAUUCAAAAAAUAAAUGAUUAUCAAAACUUUAUCAAAGGUAAGACUAUAUCAGAUAUGGCAAAGUUGGAUCAGUUCUCAUAAAGAUUUAAGAAAUCAAGAAUUAUUUUCUAUAAAUUAAGUUUCAAAGAGCAUUCACCUAACUUUAAUAAAUUUACUAGGUGCGAAUUAGGGCAAUGCUUAAUCUACUGCAAGGAGACCUUUUCCAUCUUUAAGAAACCUUAAGACCAUUUUAAUGAGAAUUAGCAUUUGAUAAAUGAAGAAGCAAUAAACUUUGUAUAGGACUGAGUAUCAAGGCUUCUUGAAAUAUAAACACUAACCACCCAAAUCUAUUUUGGAGAUUCAAAAAUAAAGUUGUCAUUAGCAUUGAACUUAAAACUCAAAAUUUUGAAAAAAUCGAACACCAGUUUCAAGAAGAAGAAACUAAAGAUGGUAGCGGAUACAGAAUCAGUAAAUCCUUGAUGAAAUUCUUUGAAUUCGAAGAUUGUGAAUUCUCAAAACAAAUGGGACUUGUUGAGUUUUACGAAAUAGCAGAAGAAUUAAUUAUUGCCCUUCAAUACUUUAAAAUUAGACAAAAAGAAAGUGAUAUGAUUCAGAGACUUAAUUCUUUUGAAAAAUUUAAUGACGAAAUUGAUAAAAGCUGCCUAAUUUGUCUUGAUAGACCAAAUAACAUUGUUCUAUCAUGUACUCAUGCAUAUUGAAACGAGUGAAUUUCAGAAUGGAAAAUGUUUCAUAAAUCUUGUCCACUUUGUAGACACUCAAUAUACAGUAAUGCUUCCAAAAACUCUGAUGAAGAUAAACUUUCUGACUCGAAUAAAUUUGAAAUCAUAAAUCUAGAGGAAGAGACUUUAAGUGAGAUCGAAAAUGAUAAUAUUAUGAAGCAAAAGCUUAUGAGCUGUAUUGAUUAUCUACAAAAUGAGGUUAAUUAAUAAAAAUUCCUUUUAGCAUCAAAUUCUCAAUAUAUAUUAAUUAAGA